AUGUCCAUCACAAGAGCGUUCACCACCCGCAGGGUGAAGCAAAGCCUAGAUCUCCGCGAUGCGGCCGAAGGUCUGGUCUCCCGUAGCAACACCACCAGCAAGUCGGGUAAGACACCGAAGCCGCUCAACUCGAUCAGGAACAAAAUCUCAGCACCCGUCGAGCUGGUGUCAACAACAAACAUGCUCUCCUACAACGCUCCUGACAUCUACCCCAAGGCCACAUCGCCGAGCUCUUCGACGACUAGAUCCGACGACGAUUCCGACAGCGCACCAAGCAUUGCCAGCACUCCCCCAACUAGUCCUGAUUCUCCUCACCCAAAGAAGAGAACAGGAGAGUCGGGGCUCGAGCCGAACCAUCUGUCUUGCUACUUCACGGCCCCAGGUCAAGCAAUUGCUGGGCCCUCGUCGGGUGACGCCCCAGUGAUUCCCCAAAGGGCGCCUUCUCACACCAAGAAGCACUCGCAAGAGGCUCUGACGCGGCAAAGGUCAAACUCGCGCAUGUCGGAGCAGUCGUCAAGGUCUCUUACCUCCAAGGCAAGCUUCAGCUUCUCGCGCUCUUCUUCGACCUCAACAAAUACCAGUGUGGCCUCUCACACGUCAGCCUCGUACGCCAAGGCACCGCCGCCAGUUUCUCUAGCCAAUCAGACAACGCCUCUGUCAAGCCCUCCUAUGGCGCCCGUUUCGCACAGGCGAGAGCCAUCAGCGGCCGCGCACCCGUUUGGCCACGAGCUGGCCCAAGUAUCGGAGCUUGCAGAGGAGUACAGCACCAGGGAUUCGCACCUCGUCAGCCAACAAGAGGAGCAUGAGAUUCUGCGCCAAGGCUACAAGAAGUUCAGCCCACAGGAUUACCUCUCUGACGUACAAGACCUGUACACGGCAUUCUUUGGCGAGGAGAAGCCUUCGAGGCCCAUGUGGAUCUAA